AUGGAGUGUCGAUUCGAUUUCGAAAAUAGCCAAGGUGUUCUCCUUGCUGGAGUAGAAUUCUUGAGCUGCCUUCUAGAUUUUGUGGGCAGUUUCAUAGAGAAGGAAAUUCUCUCCGAUUUCAGGAGUCAUCGAGGAACCAGAGGAAACCUCUGGUGGAAAAGACGGAAGCUUACCUAUGGCCAUUGGAGACGUUGGCUCAGCAAAUAUCUAUUUUCUUUUAGAUCAGGUGUGGAUAAAAAUCUGUUCUUCAUGCAGAUUGCUAGAUUAUUCAAUGAAGCUGCUCAGAUGUCACCUGAGGAUGCUGAUGUGCACAUAGUACUUGGUGUCCUCUACAAUUUGUCUAGGGAAUAUGACAAAGCUAUUGCUUCCUUCCAAACAGCUUUAAAGCUGAAGCCAAAUGAUUAUUCUCUUUGGAACAAGUUAGGUGCAACACAAGCCAACAGUGUCCAGAGUGCUGAUGCAAUAUUGGCGUAUCAGCAGGCACUAGAUUUGAAGCCUAAUUAUGUCCGUGCAUGGGCAAACAUGGGAAUCAGUUAUGCCAAUCAGGGCAUGUACGAGGAUUCAAUCCGUUAUUAUGUGCGCGCCCUGACUAUGAAUCCCAAGGCAGAUAAUGCAUGGCAAUAUUUGAGAAUUUCUUUAAGCUGUGCUUCCAGGAAUGACAUGUUCGAAGCUUGUGAUUCACGGAAUCUUGAUGUUCUCCAGAAGGAGUUUCCCCUAUAAUAUCUGCAUUAGUUUUGGGGUAGUGCAUAAAUAUAAGGAGUAAUGUUCCAUUGCAGUGGAGUUGGUAGGAUUCUGAAACCACUCUUUGGAUAUAUAAUACACUCUCUCGAAAGACACGAGACGGCACUUUGUUCCAUCAGCUGCUGUUACAAAUGUCGCCCCCCAUUAAAUGGUAAAGUCUGAGCUGGGUAGUGCAGGAAGAUUGAAGGUGGUAUCAUGGAAUUCAUAAAAAUAAUUGUUUGAAGCUUCAAAUAAAUAAAUACGGGAUGUCCUUUGCUUCUGUAAGUUUAGGGUGUCAUUAGAAAGUGGGGAAGGAAAAUAAGAAUAGGAAGAGGAAGUGGAAGUUGGUGCUUGUUAUAACUAAUUAAGUAAAGAAACUUUUAAAAUAUUCAUUAACCUUAGGACCUUUUUUAUUUCCUUUUCUAUAGUCUAUGUAUUGUAUUUAAUUUUUGUU